AUGGUUGAUUUACUGACUAUUAUUGCAUUUGUACCAACAGUACUUUUAUCACAAUUAAGAUCCGAUGAUGAUGCAUUUGAUAAAGUGAAUUAUAAAUAUACUGUUGCUUUACUUGUUCUUUUUGCAACAUUAACAGCAACAAAACAAUUUGAUGAUGAUAGAAUUGAAUGUUGGAAUAGAGCAAAUUUUAUUAAACCAUAUAUUGUAUAUACGAAUCAAAUAUGUUAUAUAUCAUCAACAUAUUAUGUUAACAGAAAUAAAACCAUACCUCACAAUAUACAAGAACGAACAGAUAGAAAAUUAAAUUAUUAUCAAUGGACACCAUUUAUUAUAUUAUUAAUGGCAUUAUGUUUUCAUAUACCACGUUUAAUAUGGCGUACAUUAAGUGUUCGUUCAGGUAUUGAUCUACUUGAUAUUGUUGAAUCAGCUGAUGAUAUGAAAUCAAUGAAAGAAUUUGAUGAACGUGAACAUUUAUUAAAACAUAUUGUUACUACAAUUGAUAUGUAUGUUGAUGAUGCACGUCGACAAGCUGAUUCUGAAAAUCGACAAGCAUCAUUAUUUCGAAAACUUUUUCAAUUACUUUGUUGUAUGACUGGAAAAUUUCUAGGCAAUUAUUUUAUUACACUUUAUAUGUUUAUUAAAAUAUAUUAUAUAUUUAAUGUUAUUUUACAAAUAUGUUUAUUGAAUAUAUUUCUUGGUACAAAUUUUUUACAAUUUGGUUAUGAAAGUGUUAAAUUAUUUCGUUAUGGACUUAAUCAACCUGAAUCAAAAUAUUUUCCUCGAGAAACAUUCUGUGAUUUUUAUGUACGUGAACCAUUACGUGGUGAACAACCAUUACAAAGAAUUACUGUUCAAUGUGUAUUAACUAUUAAUCUUUUUAAUCAGCAAAUCUUCACUUUACUUUGGAUAUGGUUUGUUUUUGUAUUUUGUCUUAAUGUAUAUUCUUUUGGAAUAUGGAUUGGACGUUUAGCUGUAUCUAAAAAUCGAUAUAAUUUUAUACAAUCUCGUCUUACACGUACAUCACGUCCUGAAAUUCCACGUUUUCGUUUUGAUUUUAAACAUGCUAAACGUGAACUUGGUGAUUAUGUACAUGAACAACUUAUACGAUCAUUUAUAUCAGUAUAUUUAGAAGCCGAUGGAUACUUUUUUAUACGUAUGUUAACAGUUAAUGUAUCUGAUUUUGUUGUACAAGAAAUAAUUGAACAAUUAUGGACUUGUUAUGUAAUGAGAUAUGGUGAAAAUGAUGCUAAACUUGCUGAAAAAUCUUUUUAUGAAUUUCGAAAAGAAGGAAAAUAUACAUCAAUAACUCAUUUACAUUUACCUUUAUCAAAUGUUAUCGAUGAACGUUUUGGUGCAACUGAUGCUAAACGAAAAUUUUUGAGACAAUAUUCUGAUGUAACAGCAGAAUUAUUACAACCAACAGUUUCAUAUGAUUCAAGCUCAACUCAAAAUCAGAAACCACAAGUCUAG